GAUACCAAUUCUAAUUGCCUCAAAUCUAUCUUGGAAUUCUGCCAAGUGAGGAAAUAUACUUGUAUGUUGAUUUCAAGAACUUGGUUCUGUUCAAGAUUUGAAAGGAGGAAAAAUGGAUCCAUGUGCCAGUCCAUGUACAAACACAUGUAUGCAGACUUGAUUGGUCUCACGAACAAAUGUUCUUGUUGGACCGUAAGAAUUUGGUGGGUUUCUGUCUUUCUGAUGACAUUGUCAACAUGUUCAAUAGCUUUGUAUAAUGAUCCUACUCUUACGAGGUACAAAUGUAUGAAUAAAGGAAGCAUUUUGUUGAAACUACAUGUAAUGAAAUAAGGAAAUACAUUCUCAUUAAAAAAUUCUCACUUGGGUAAAAACAAUCACGGAACUAAUAAUCUGCACCAAAGUGUUGAUUUGUGUUUAGCUUUGGCAGAUUGCCAACCAUUUUGGCUUUAAAUGGUAUGGAACACAAGGCACUUAUUCCAUUUGCACACUGACUAUACCAAGACAAUGAAGCUCUCCUCGGUCUUAGCUGGCCUGGUUGUGGUUGCUGUGAUGGUAUCUGAUUUGCCAUCAUCUCGGGCAAGGUCUGCAAGGAUGUUGUUUUGUAGCGGUCCCACGGAUCAGCUUGUGGCUGAGGGUAGCAAUGUUACAUUAACCUGUAAUUGUUCAUAUUCCAGGUUCUAUCCACACCGACACUACCAAUAUUUGUUUCAACACAGAUUUAUACAGUGGUUUUAUCAGGUCUUCCCUGAACAACCAGUUGCCAUUAGCAAUGAUGAAGAUGUCACUCCACAAUUUGUUGAGAAGUUCACGGUGACCUCUUCCACAGACAAUGGAAAAGACCUCCACAUUAGUACUGUAUCAACCAUUGAGAGUGGUCAGUUUUUCUGUCGGAUACAGUCAGAUGUUGAAGGAAUUGAUUUGGGCUAUGCUUCACCAGCAGCCAGGCUCAGCGUCAGCAAAGCAACUCCCAACCUUACUUCCUUGCGUCUAAGAGAUCCACCACAAUGUGAAGUCACUAGUCACUUGAAAGAGCAGCACCAUGUUGGAGACCUAGUUGUCUUGACUUGCACCCCCCCAGUCGGCAGUGAGGGUAUGGUGAGGGCCCUUACCUGGUCCCAUCCAGGGGAUGUGUUGUUUAGAGGUAAGCUGUAUAUUACACCUAGCCAGCAUCAUUCUUACACAGUGACAAGGGUUCUUCAGAAGGAGGAUAAUUGUAGACGAUUCAGGUGUGAUGCUGAACCCUCUGAUGUGUUUGAGAAUCCUGAUGAUGCACGAUGCUCUGUCGUGCCUCUCAAAAUGGCUGUGUUUCUGUCCCCUGAGUUGGCUUACGUUGCUGUGGGUGGAAAGGCCAUUUUUAACUGCAGCACUGAAGGUGAGACAAAGUCAAGCCGCUUCUUCUGGAAAAAUCUAUCAAAAUAUUCUAAAGAACGCUUGAAGAUUAAUGGUACUGCAGGGAGGUUCCAGUUGGAUGCUUCAAGAAAAAUUCUGACAGUGUCGCCCGUGUUGGCUGAAGACGACGGCACCAAGAUAAGUUGUCAAGUUUGGUAUGAGAUGGACUGUCGUAAACAAAGUUCCUGGUCAGUGUUGAAGGUUCUUGCAUUUGAGCAGGCUUCAGAGUCACCAACUGUUGAGUCUCAGCAAGCCUGUGGACUGGGGAUGAAGGACUUUGCCUGGGUAGCUGCUUGCUGUUUCCUUGCCGGAGUUGUUGUCACAUCAUUGGUCAGCCUCGCUGUCUGGAGGAAAAUUCGAAAGAGGGGUAACACUCCCAGAAAUAUGGGUGACACUCCUAGAAAUAAAGCCAGCCAUGACACCAAGCUGGGUGUGAGAUACACUCCUGCAUGCACUGUUGCAGUGGACCAAUCUGACGUGUAUCAGAACAUAGAUGUAUGACCUCUUCAAUAUGACGACUUUUAUGAAGUACCAGAGCCCAGAAAACAAACCAGCAAAGUUUAAGUCCUGAUUAGAGACACAUGUAAGCUUGCAUUUAUCAUGAACCAGUACGUUUCCUCAGAAAAAGGAAUUGGAAACAUACUUAAAAUUUGUAAAAUAAAGUCCAAACUGUGCUUGUUUGCACUUUUCCAGACUGGAACUUGUUAAAACCCAAAAUGAAGUUACAUGUACUGUACAUGUUGUACAGCUUAAACUCAAAAGUAUGGCAAAGUGGAGCCUUCAUAUUUUAAAAAUUUUGUUGGAUUUGAUUUUGUCAGAAGUGACCAGAGCAAAUUUUGUUUGGACAGAUUUUUAAGGCCAAGGUUUCUUCUACAUAUUUUCUUGACCGCCAUUUUUUUUAACAAACGUGUAGGGCUUGCCCAAAUUACUUGGCUGUGGCUUCAAAUUGCACACAGCUUUAUGGGGAGUGGCUGCAGCCACUGACCAUAGACUUGUGUGUAAUUUCAAGCCAUGUCCUGUCAUUCUGACACAGCCUUAAGUUUUGUAAUUGUCUCUCGCUGAAUUAACAUAAAUAUUUAAACAUUGCCCGACACAGACUUUGUAGGAUGUAAUUUUUUAAAAAUGAAGUUUAACCUCUGCUGUUUUGGAUCUUUGUGAAAAGGAAUUAGCUGAAGUUAUGAAAUGGCAUGCAAAUGGUAGUCUUAGACUAGAAACACAGCGUUCAGUAGGAACUAAGAGUUUAAAUAGUUGACACUAUUUAAAUUAAAAAUUAAAUUAAACCUAACCCCCUAGGGUCUAUAUAUGUACAAUGUAAAUCAUAUUGAUUUCGGAGUAUUUGGGACUGUAUGGCUAUCAAAAUUAAUUUGCAUGCA